GUAUGAGCUGGGAGGGAAACUGGUCCAACUGGUUGGUUCACCAUUUCCUUGUUAUGAGUCGGAUUGUUUGGUGUGGCUCACUUUACACUGUAAGAAGAAGACUAAGAUACUGUAGUCCACUCUUAUCUAUGAUAGAUCAUAAAUAUGAAUAACUUUGAAUCUUAUCAGUAGGUUGAUCAUUUUAAGAUUCCUGCUCUGUAGAAUGAUACCUGUUAGUCUGUAGGCAUUGGGGAUCGAACCCUGAACCAUCUUGCCUGGAGUCAAGUGUCAGGUUGACGUUAAUAAUGUAUUUUUCUUCUUGUGUCUCCUUGUGUCCUUGGGUGACUUUAAAGGUACUUAGGACAGAAUGUACAGCUGUUAUAUUUGUAGGGCAGUAUUAUGAUAACAUUAUUUAGACAGCAAGACGGCCAUCUUGCUUUGUGAAGGUGUUUAAACUACUUCUCUUACCGGGUCUUGUUCUCUGUGGGCCUGCCUCACAGAUCUGGUUGUGAUGUCAUACCCGAUGAGGAAGUCCAUAUAUGGUCCUGCCUUCAGAGCGGUUUAACCAGCACAGGGAGCAGUUGGUAUGAUAUCCGCACGGUGAACUUGAUCUUAUCAGACACAUUUUGGAGCGUUUUGAGACCUUCUGUGUUGAAUGAUGAUACGUUAUUAAAGAGUAUAUUAGAAACGUCUGUGAAUGAGGAGGCCUAUAAAUCUGCGUCUAGGAGAGACCCUGCCUCUUGUCCAAAGUUAAAAGAGACAACAGCCCCCUGUGAGCGGAAUACACAGCUCACAUAAAAGCAGAGUCUGGGAGGAGUAUGAACUGGGAGGGGAAGUGGUCCAACUGGUUGGACAUCAUUUAAAAAAACAGAGAGUGAACCAAUGCCGAGUGGCAGUAGAAACAAUAUGAGUUGUGUUUGUGUCCAGGUCUCCAGUCUACUAUGGAUGAGGAGAUAGCGGAGGGGGGUCCUACCUCUAAGACCACUCUGUCUGAGGAACAUGGCCGCCGGAGCAAAGCUAAGAGCCCAGAGAAGCAGCAGAGAGCUGAUUCCCCUGGACCCAGCUGUGUCUCCAUGAAGAGUGACCAGUCUAUGGAUAUACCUGUUACCUUUAAAGAUGGAAAUCAGUCUAUUGAGAAGAGAAGAGUCCAGCAGGAGAGAGCAGACUCCCCUGGACCCAGCUGUGUCUCCAUGAAGAGUGACCACUCUAUGCAUCAUCCUCCUGACCUUAAAGAUGGACGCCCCUCCAGAGAGGAGAGACACCAGAAGAGGUCAAAGGUUACCAGUGCUCAGUCUCUACAGCAGCAUCAAACAGAGCUGAUCAAGAGGGCUGAGGAGAACGCCCACGCUUUUCUAGACAAGGAGCUGAAGAAUCUCUGGAAGGAUCUCUUCUCAGAUUACCCACAAUGCCCAGAGGGUCAGAGAGUGGAGGAGGAGGAGGAGGAUGGUAAGAAGGAGGAGCAGAGGAGGCGCGCCAUAAAGGGAGUGGAGGACAUCACAAUGCUCUGCUUGAUAGACAUGAACCAGAAAGGACUGGCCGACAAACUGUUGAGCGGAUCUGCUGCUGUCGAUUGCCAAAAUAAAAUCAAGUCUAAUUUGAAGAAGAAGUUCAGGUGUGUGUUUGAGGGAAUCGCUAAAGCAGGACAGCGAACAUAUCUGAACGACUUCUACACAGAGAUCUUCAUCACAGAGAGAGGCAGUGGAGAGGUCAACAAGGAACAUGAGGUCAGACUGAUUGAAACAGCUAAGAGGAAACCAGCCAAGGAAGAAACGCCAAUCAAGUGGGAAGACAUCUUUAAACCCUUAACUGGAAACGAUCAACCAAUAAGAACAUUGAUGACAACUGGAGUGGCCGGCAUUGGUAAAACCGUCUUAACACACAAGUUCACUCUGGACUGGGCUGAAGGCAAAACCCACCAGGACAUACACUUCACAUUUCUCCUCACUUUCAGAGAGCUGAAUUUACUGAAAGGGGAUCACUUUAGCUUGGUGGAACUUCUUCAUCACUUCUUUAUUGAGACCAAAGAAUCAGGGAUCUGCAGAUACGACCGGUUCCAAGUUGUCUUCAUCUUGGAUGGUCUGGAUGAGUGUCGACUUCCUCUGGACUUCCAGAACAACAAGAUAUGGAAUGAUGUCACAAAGUCCACCUCGGUGGACGUGCUGCUGACCAACCUCAUCAGGGGCCACCUGCUUCCCUCUGCUCGCAUUUGGAUAACCACACGCCCUGCUGCAGCCAAUCAGAUCCCUGCUGAGUGUGUUGACAUGGUGACAGAGGUGAGGGGGUUCACCGACCAACAGAAGGAGGAGUACUUCAGGAAGAGAUUCAGAGAGGAGACGCUGGCCAGCACAAUCAUCUCCCACGUCAAGAAAUCACGAAGCCUCCACAUCAUGUGUCACAUCCCAGUCUUCUGUUGGAUCACUGCUUCAGUUCUGGAGGACCUCUUCAAAAAAUCCCAGAUCGAAGAGAUGCCCAAGACCGUGACUCAGAUGUACAGCCACUUCCUGAGGGUUCAGUCCAUAGAGGGGGACAGGAAGUUCCAUGGGAGGGCUGAAACAGAUCCAGACUGGAGUUCAGAGAGCAGGGAGAUCAUUGUUUCCCUUGGAAAACUUGCUUUUAACCAGCUGGAGAGUGGCAACCUCAUCUUCUACGAGGCAGAUAUGGCAGAGUGUGACAUCGAUAUCAGAGCAGCCUCAGUGUACUCAGGAGUGUUCACCGAGAUCUUUAAAGAGGAGUGUUGGCUGUACCAGGACAAGGUGUUCUGCUUUGUCCAUCUGAGCAUCCAGGAGUUUCUGGCUGCCCUUUAUGUCUUCUGGUCCUUUAUCAACACUGGGGUCAAUCUGCUCACAGAAGAACAGCCAACCUCCGUUGAAGAUAAACUCAUCCUCUUCUACAAGAGUGCUGUGAACAAGGCUUUACAGAGUGAGAACGGACACCUGGAUUUGUUCCUCCGCUUCCUCCUGGGCCUCUCUCUGGAGACCAAUCAGAAUGUGCUGCGAGGUCUGCUGGGACAGACAGGAAGGGGCUCACAAACCAUAAAGGAAACAGUGUCUUACAUCAAGGAGAAGAUAGGUGGAGAUCUCUCUCCAGAGAGAAGCAUCAAUCUGUUCCACUGUCUGAAUGAGCUGAACGACCGUUCUCUAGUGGGGGAGAUCCAAUGGUACCUGAGAUCAGGAAGACUCUCCACACAAUCUUUCUCUCCUGCUCAGUGGUCAGCUCUGGUCUUCAUCUUACUGACAUCAGAAGAGGACGUGUUUGACCUGAAGAAAUACUCAGCUUCAGAGGAGGGUCUUCUGAGGCUGCUGCCAGUGGUCAAAGUCGUGAUUUUAAUCACACUUCCUAACAUAUGGUGUAUAUUGUGCAGGCUGAAUAUCUGCCAUCUGUCGGAGAGAUACUGUGAAGCUCUGGCCUCAGUUCUCAGCUCAAAGUCCUCCAGUCUGAGAGAGCUGGACCUGAGUGACAAUGAUCUGCAAGAUUCAGGAGUGAAGCUGCUCUCUGCUGGACUGGGGAGUCCCCACUGUACACUGGAAACUCUCAGGAUGAAUGGCUGUCAUCUGUCAGAGAGAUGCUGUGAAGCUCUAGCCGCAUUUCUCAGCUCCAACUCCUCUAGUCUGAGAGAGCUGGACCUGAGUACCAAUGAUCUGCAGGAUUCAGGAGUGAAGCUGCUCUCUGCUGGACUGGGGAGUCCACACUGUACACUGGAGACUCUCAGCUUGUCUGGCUGCCUGGUCACACAGGAAGGCUGUGCUACUCUGGCCUCAGCUCUGAGCUCCAACCCCUCCCAUCUGAGAGAGCUGGACCUGAGCUACAAUCACCCAGGAGACUCUGGAGCUGCGCUGCUCUCUGCUGGACUGGAGGAUCCACGCUGGAGACUGGACACUCUCAGUGUGGAGCACGGUGGAGUGUGGAGGCUGAAACCAGCUCUAAAGAAGUAUGCCUGUGACCUCACACUGGACCCCAACACGGCCCACAGAGACCUCUCUCUGUCUGAGGACAACAGGAAGGUGACGCGGGUUGAAGAGGACCAGUCGUAUCCGGAUCACCCAGACAGAUUUGACUCCCAGUACCAGGUGUUGGGUAGAGAGGCUCUGACUGGCCGCUGUUACUUGGAGGUAGAGAGGGAAGGAUUGGUUUGGAUAGGAGUGACAUACAGAGGAAUCACAAGGAGAGGACGGGGUGAUGACAGCGAGCUUGGAUGGAACAACAAGUCCUGGAGUCUUCAUUGUUAUGAUGAUGGUUACUCUGCCCGGUACAACGGUAGAGAGACAGUCCUCCCUCUCCGCCCCGCUGGCUCCACCAGAGUAGGAGUGUAUCUGGACCGGCCUGCUGGCUCUCUGUCCUUCUACAGAGUGUCCCCAGGUGGAGGAGGGUCCUCAGACACACUGACACACAUCCACACCUUCUGGUCCUCCUUCACCCAGGAGGACCUCCUCCCGGGGGUGGGGGUAUGGAGGGGGGGGUCCUCAGCCUCUCUGUGUCGGUUGUAGAAAAAAAAAAAGGACCUCUUGCCUCAGCGCCUG